AUGGCGGCGUCUUCCGCGGCUCUCAUCCAGCGGCGUGUCGAGGAGCAGGUGCUUCGAGCCCUGGAAGAGAAGGAGGCAAGGCUCGACGCAGCCCUGGAAGCUGCGGCGGCGGCCGAGGCCAGCGGCGCGGCGAACCGGGACGUGGACGACGAAGACCUCGAGGAACUGAGAGCCCGGCGCAGGAGACAGCUCCAGAAGCAGCAUCUCCUCCGCGAAAAAAUGAAGGAAAAGGGACACGGCGAACUCCAAGAACUGCACAGCGAGAAGGACUUCUUCCAGGCUGCAAAGGAAUCCAACAAACUGAUCGCCCACUUUUUCCGGCCGUCGAACCGCGUCUGCGAGUUGGUGGACGCUCGCCUGAUCGACUUGGCGCAUCGCCACAUCGACAUUCGUUGCGUGAAAAUCAACGCCGAGAAAUCUGCCUUUCUCUGCGAACGUCUGAAAAUCUGGUGUCUUCCGACGCUCGUGCUGGUCCAGGAUGGGAAAACGGAGCAUUCCAUUGUCGGCCUCGACGAGCUCGGCGGUGAGCUCCUACACGGAUAG